AUGUCAAAAGUUUUAGUUACUGGUGCAAAUGGUUAUAUUGCACAAUAUGUUAUUAAUGAGUUUUUAACAAAAGGUUAUCAGGUUAUAGGUACAGUUAGAUCAGCUAUAAAAGGUGAAGAAUUGGAAAAAAAAUUCCAAAAUGAUAAUUUCCAAACUGAAGUUAUUAAAUCAUUAACAAAUUAUGAAGAAAUUUCAUCAGUAUUAAUCAAGCAUCAAGAUUUAAAAAUUUUCAUUCAUACUGCUUCAUCAUCAAAUUUAUUCACUCAAAAAUCUGAAGAGGAUAUACUUAUACCAAAUAUUGAAUCAACAAAAUUAAUUUUGAAAAGUCUUAAGGAAAAUUCACCAAAUCUGGAGAAAUUUAUUUAUACUUCAUCACUUUCAUCAUUCAAUACAUCUGUAUUUGGACCUGAUUAUAUCGAUGAAAAAACUUGGUCAAAUAUUACAUAUGACCAAGGGAAAUUAAAUGGAUUUUAUGGUUAUGCAGCUUCUAAAAAAUAUAGUGAAUUAGCUAUAAUUGAAUUUUUCCAAAACGAAGAACCAAUACAUUUUAAAUAUGUUAUUAUUGGAUUAUCAAUGGUUUUAGGGACACCUUUUUUCAAUAAUGAUCCAAUCAAUAAUGCUGCUAAAUUAUUAUUAAAACCUUUACAAGCUGAAAGUAUUGAACAUGUUGAACCAUUGAAUUAUAUAACUGUUACAGUGGAAGAUGUUGCAAAAGCUCAUUUCCAAUCAGGUAUUGAUUCUAAAAUUUCAAAUGGAAGAUUAUUAGUUACAGGAAAUAGAAUAACUCAUCAAGAUGUAUUAGAAGUUGGUAAUACUGUAUUGGGUUUACAAAAUUUGAUACCAAAAGGUGAAGUUAGAAAAGAAGCUAUUGAUUUAAAUACAAACGUUAAUAAUGAUUAUACUUUUAAAUUAUUAGGUUUUAAACCUGAAUCAACUUUCAAAAAUUUACAAAAAGUUAUUCAAUAUCUUUCAGAUAAAGGUGAAUUCAAGAAAAAUAUAAAUCAUCUAAAUACAGAAUCAUGA